AUGGGCACCGACCAUCUCGACCAAGUGGAAAGCCAGAAAGAUGGCUUCAUGGAAGAGACUGCGCGCGUCGUCGACCAUCCCGCCGAGCGUGCUCUGUGCUUCAAGUUUGAUAUCCGGAUCCUGCCCAUCCUGGCCCUGAUGUACCUCUUCAAUGCACUCGACAAAGGAAACUUGGGCAACGCCCAGACCAAAGGCCUCAGCACCGAUCUUCACUUCAAGCCCAACCAGUACAACCUCGUCGUCUCCAUCUUCUUCGUCCCCUACGUCAUCUUCGCUCCCCCCUUCGCCAUGCUCGCCAAGAAAUUCGGAGCUUCUCGCGCCCUGCCUCUCAUGAUGCUCACCUUUGGCUCCAUGACGCUUUGCACGGCCGCCACGCAAAACUUUGGCGGCAUCUUCGCCGUCCGCUGGUUCCUGGGAAUGGCCGAGUCCGCCUUCUUCCCCACCGUCAUCUACUACCUGACCACCUUUUACCGCCGUGGCGAGCUCGCCCGUCGCCUGGCCAUCUUCUACGCCGCGUCCAACAUUGCCAACGCCUUCUCUGGCCUGCUCGCGUUUGGCGUUUUCCACAUCAAGGACAGCAAGAUCUUUGUCUGGCGCUACCUCUUCAUCAUCGAGGGCGGCGUCACUUUCCUCUUUGCCAUCUUUGCCUACUUCUAUCUGCCCCGCAGCGCCUCCGAGGCCAAGUUCCUCACCGAAGAGCAGCGCUCCCUGGCCUUUCACCGUAUCCAGGUCGAUUCCUCCUCCGAGGUCUCGGAGAAGUUCGACUUCAAGGACGCCAUCAAGAUCUUCACCAAGCCCUGGGCUUAUGGCUUCCUGCUCAUCGAAAUCUGCCUCGGCGUGCCCAUCCAGUCCGUCUCACUCUUCUUGCCCCAGAUCAUUGCGCGACUCCAGUUUUCCACCGUCAAGACGAACUUGUAUACCGUUGCCCCCAACGUCACCGGCGCCGUCAUGCUUCUCGUCUUGGCCUUUGCCUCGGAUUUCACGCGCCUGCGUUUCCCCUUUAUCGUGCUCGGCUUCUUGCUGUCCUUUAUCGGCUUCAUCAUCUAUGCAUCCAUCGACGACGUCACCAAGCAGCUGCACGUUGCCUACUUUGCCACGUUCAUGAUGUGCUGGGGCACUUCAGCUCCCUCCGUCCUCCUCUCUACUUGGUAUAACAACAACAUUGCUCACGAAGGCCGUCGUAUCACUCUUACUUCUGUCGGUGUGCCUCUCGCCAACGUCAUGGGUCUUGUUUCCAGCAACAUUUUCCGAACCCAAGACGCCCCUCGAUAUGAGCCUGCGCUCAUCACUACGGCUUGCUUUGGUGCUGCUGGCGCGCUCAUUGCUCUCUGCAUGGGCCUGUUUAUGAUUUGGGACAACAAGAGACGUGAUCGCCAGCAGGGUGUUAAGAUUGAUCCUCGUGAUAUUCCCACUUCACGACUGAGGGAUGGUCCCAGCGCCCCUGAGUUCAGAUGGUUUUUGUAA